CUGCCCUAGUUACAACACCCCUCUCCCUCAGCCACACACACACUGCUCUCUCAUGCUGAAAACGUGAAACUAUUACUUCAUACCAAUCUCUUGAGAGCAGUUUGUGAGAAGUCUUGUUCUAGUUCUUAUUUGUUUCCAGUGAAGAUCUUCCAGGUGGCCUUCACCUGACUUGACAGGGUUUUUUCCCGUACACACGCACAGCUCCUUGGCGGGUAAAAGUGCUGACCCGCCAUGUUUCUGGUUCUGGUGGUGACAGAUGAGUUGAGGCAGCUCCUUGCCAGAGCAAGGAACGGGAGUGGCCGUCUCAUCCAGGUGCUGAUCCGAGACGAGCAGUUGGUUCUGGGUGCAUACUGUGAGCCAUCUCAGUCCUGGGAGAAUGAUUAUGACCACUUCCUGCUUCCUUUACUUGAUCCUCAGGAGCCUUGCUACAUCCUGUAUCGCCUUGACUCCCACAACGCACUGGGAUAUGAGUGGAUCUUUCUUUCUUGGUCACCUGACCAGUCUCCAACCAGACUGAAGAUGUUGUAUGCUGCUACUCGUGCAACAGUGAAGAAAGAAUUUGGUGGAGGAAAUAUAAAAGAUGAGCUCUUUGGCAAUGUGGUGGAAGAUGUUUGUCUUCAGGGUUAUCUUCGUCAUGUAUCAUCAAUCUCUGCUCCUGCUCCUCUCACACGUGCUGAGCAGGAGCUACAGAGAAUAAAAACCACAGAGUGCAAAGUUAAGCAGGUUACUUCAGAGAUGAGUGUGGAAACUAAACCUCAGACCUUACAGGGCCUGGCCUUCCCGCUCCAGGCAGAGGCUAAGCACGCUUUACAGCAACUUGCUAAAAAACACAUUAACUACAUCCAGCUGAGGUUGGACACUGAGAAAGAGACCAUUGAUCUGGUGCACACUCGGGCCACAGAGACACAUGAUCUUCGCAGCAGGAUCCCUACAGACACACCACGCUAUCACUUCUUCCUCUAUAAGCACUUGCAUGAGGGAGCCUACUUAGAGUCUGUUGUGUUCAUCUAUUCAAUGCCGGGCGAUCGAUGCAGUGUUAAGGAGAGAAUGCUGUAUUCCAGCUGUAAGAGUCGUCUGCUGGAGGAGGUGGAGCGGGACUACCAUAUAGAGGUGGUCAAAAAGUUGGAGAUAGACAGCGGGGAUGAGUUGACAGAGCAGUACUUGUAUGAGGAAAUCCACCCUAAGCAGUAUGCUCACAAGGAGGCAUUCGCCAAACCUCGCGGCCCUGCAGGGAAAAGAGGAAGUAAAAGGCUGAUUAAAGGAGUGGGAGAGAAUGGUGUGAACAGCUAGAGGAAAAGAGCAUGGAAAACACAUCCCUGUUCAUCCCUCCAAGCAUCUUGUAUUGCUGUGUUAAAUAAGAAGGUCUCCAGUUUUUUAUUAUUAUGGGUUGGUAUGCUUUUUCUAACUUUUUAGCUUGGGUUUCCUAAGUCAUAUUUCAUUUAAUUCAACUUCGUGUACACUCAUAAAAAAAGGAAACCUCAUUCUGUAUCUGUAAAUUGUCUGUUCCUGCUUUUUGUUCAUUCAGAAAUCGAGAGAUACACUAACUUGACAUUGGUUUCAUUCACAUAUUUAAUCUGUGUCAUUUAUCCAAGUGGACUAAUGAAUAGUUAAAUUCCUGACACUACCAGACACUACCAUUUCCAUACAUCUCAGAACUGGACUCAGUAGAAUGUGAAUUUUGUAUGAAUAAGAACCCUGUAUAAGAAUCACCGAUGUUCUAGCUGUGAUUUUAGAUAUGUGUUUUAUUACUAAUUGGAUUGGAGCUAAUUUGCUGUGUGUCCAUAUUCAUACUUCAGUGACACUAAUGUAAAUUUUUUCUCUCUUUCGUGUCAUAUCAUGUUGUUCUUUAUGAAACUAAGAACUCCGAAUAAAUUAUUUUUAUGAA